AUGGCGGACCGCCUAUUGCCCGACCUACGACCACCGGUCCAGCUACUGUCCGACCUACGACCGCCGGUCCAGCUACUGCCCGGCCUACGACCGCCGGCCCAGUUACUAUCCGACCUACGACCGCCGGCCCAGCUACUGUCCGACCUACGACCGCCGGUCCAGCUACUGUCCGACCUACGACCGCCGGUCCAGCUACUGUCCGGCCUACGACCGCCGGUCCAGCUACUGUCCGGCCUACGACCGCCGGUCCGGCUACUGCCCGACCUACGACCGCCGGUCCAGCUACUGCCCGGCCUACGACCGCCGGCACCGCGACUACCCGACCUGCAACCGGACUCCGCUACUUCCACUGGAACCACGGGACACCCCGAGCCAUCGGAAAUUCCGCGAAUGAAUCCCCUCCAGGAGCAGUGCGACGAGUAUAUAAGGCCGUGCAACCGCGUGCGGAUUAAUAGUCACCAUGGACCGACGCGAGAUAGACGAACUCUUCGGAGUCAUAAGCUCAAGCUCGGAGUCCGAGACAAGCGGGCCUACUACCACGCCGACCACGACGCCGCCAACGCCUGCCAAGCCGCCUCCAGCGGUCCCGAGCCCGGGACGAUCCCGACGACCGCCGCGGCCCGGGACAUCCAUCCAGCGGUCCGACCAGGCAAACCGGCGGAAGGCAAUCAUCCUGACGACGCCGCCGGAGAUCAAGCCACGCCGCCGCGGAAGAAUCGCCGCUCUAGCCGACCCCCGGUCGGCUACCAGCCGUCCACCAGCUGCCAGGAACACCACGACUUCGGCAGCCAGGCCACCGACCACCGGAGCGCACACCUCCACCAGGGCUCCUAA